AUGGCAGACGACACUAAGGUCAACGAACCCAAGGAAGAAACACAACAAACAAUGAGCGAUAGUGAGGAAAUCGAGCAAGUCACACAAGAAGACGGACUGCCAGCAAAAAAUGAAGCAGUUACAACGAAGCCAAUCACCACUCCUGAGGAAAUCAACAGUCCAAGUGGAUCGUCAGGAUCAAAAGAGCCUGCUCAACAAAAGUCAACGCCUGCAGCUUCAAAAACAGCACUCACAAUGCAGCAGGAAGGUCAAUUAAGACUAUUAACAUUCAAGGUAGAGACUCUGAUGAAGAUCUAUCAUGACCUUCCGCAGGACGUUGAAAGCGAAGAGGACCUCACCCUAGAGGAGUUAGACGGGCACAAAAGGAUAAUCGAGGCAGAAUCCACGAAGGAGUCAGCUCCACCAAAGAAAAGGAGCACCUAUACAGCAGCAGCUCACCAGCAGGAGACUAAGGAGCCAGAAAUACAACUUCCCAGGAACUGCUGUGCCUACUGUCAGGACAAGCAUUUCAUCGCAUCCUGCCAGAGGUUCAUUGAGCUCACCCCAGCUAAGAGAAACUACAUCAUUAUCACCAAGGGGCUGGGCUUUAACUGCUUAGGGCCACACACGAAGGCCAAGUGCACGUCGGACAAGAAGUGCCACAAAUGCAGCGGGUACCACCACACUCUCAUCCAUGGAGGGAGCUCAUGGAUGAUGAGCCCGCCUCCAGCACGACGCACUCCAGCUGAGCCCGUCCAGACUGUCGAAACGUCCAGGCAGCAAGAGGAUCACGAGAACAAAUCCAGUACAUCACCACCAGUAGCAGUAAACUUCAACAAAAAAAUGAUCAAUGAGAAAGCAGAGAACAUCAACCACGAAAAUCACCAAGGAGAAGCAGAUCAACAUUCAGUGCUGUUGGCAACAGCACGAGUAAAAGUAAUAUCAACGAGAGGAUUCACGACAAAAGCCAGAGCACUCAUCGACCAGGGUUCAGAGAAUCUUCAGCUAGCCGAUCCCCAUUAUCUAAGGCCUGGACCAAUCGACAUCAUACUAGGGGCUGACAACUAUGGGCGAAUUAUCAUGGAUGAAGUUGAGUCAGAUCAAUCGAGAGUAGUUGGCCAACGCACAGAAUUCGGUUGGAUACUAUCCGGACCAAUCGAAUGCACAAAUUGUUCAAUAAAGGUAACUCUAUCAGCUGUACGAGAAUCUUCGAAUGAACAACUUCUAGAGCUUCUCCAGAAAUUUUGGGUCCAGGAAGAACUGCCAAACGAGAGAUCAUCAAUAUCAGAGCUUUCACCAGAUGAGCACGAGUGCGAGGUGCACUUUAGAGCAACUCAUAGCAGAGACAACACCGGGCGAUACAUCGUGAGACUGCCCCUCAAAACUUUAGCAGCAGUGCUCGGAGAAUCGAAAUUCAAAGCAGCACGUCAACUCAAAUCGAUCGUGAGUCGACUCAACACAGAUCAAGCAUACUCCCAGUUGUACACAGAGUUCGUCAACGAGUACGCAGCACUGGGGCACAUGAGAAUAGCACCAGAGACUCCAGAACCCGUGCCAGCCUACUAUCUUCCACAUCACGGGUUACUGAGAGAGGAGGCUAUCACAACGAAGCUGAGAGUCGUAUUCAAUGGCUCCAGCCCCAGUUCAUCAGGUGUGUCACUUAACGAUAUACUGUAUUCUGGUCAAAAAUUGCAGAACGAUGCCAUGGUUAUUCUGACUUGGAUGAGGAGGCACAGGCUCGUGUUUGGCACGGAUAUUGUCAAGAUGUUCCACCAGAUACGAGUUCACCAAGAUGACUGGGAUCUUCAGAGAAUCCUAUGGAUCGACGAGAAUCAACAACCAGUCACCUACCAGUUAACGACAGUCACCUAUGGACUAAAUUGUUCUCCAUGGUUGUCGCUACGUGUUCUUCAACAACUAGCAGAAGAUGAAGGGCACCGCUUCCCAGCAGCAGUAGAGACACUCACCAGAGGUCGUUACGUUGACGACAUUUACGGCGGUACAGAGACAGAAGACGGUCUCAAGGAGAUCGCAAUGCAAAUACAAGGGCUUUGCCAUGCAGGAGGCUUCUUUCUACAGAAGUGGAGCAGCAAUUGUCCAGAGGCUCUGCAUGAGUUGGGCCUAUCAACUGAAGAAGAAAUUAUCCAGUUCGAGGAGUCAGUCACCAAGGUACUUGGAUUGUGUUGGCAUCAAUACAUCGACACAUUCCGUUGUCGUCCAGGGAAAGAUUCUCCUACAAGAUCUUUGGAGAUGAAAUUAAAAUGGGAUGAUCCUCUUCCAGACGAGUAUGUUCAACGCUGGAAGACAUUCCGAGAGAAUCUCAACCACCUAGACAGAGUAACUGUACCUAGAUGGCUGAGAAUUUUAACAGAGACACUCAACAUCCAAAUUCAUGGAUUUGCAGACGCUUCAACGGUAGCCCUGAGUGCAGUGGUGUAUAUUCGCACCAAAACCAUCGACGACUGGACAUCAACAGUGCUGGCAUGCGCGAAGACGAAGGUAGCACCACUCAAGCGCAUGACCAUCCCUCGUCUAGAGCUCACAGCGGCUCUUCUACUGACUCAGCUAGUGNCCAACAACACUCACAUUUGA